GACAGUUACUGAGUGUUGAUGUGGUUGAGUAAAACUUCCGAUCGGUAGCCUCAACGUGAAUAUACCGAAAGAUGGACUCGUUAUCGGUGUCCAGGUGCAAUAUUUUAACUAUAGGAUUUAUCAUUUCUGCAUUUUCAGCAUGUCGAUGCUCGGCAUUAUUACAAGUCGCUGUAAAUAACAUUGAAACUGCCACGGAGAGUGACACCUCCACGUUACUUGCGUGUACGUACAGCGGCGUUAGCGGGACACCGACCUCUACAAUUAUCACGUGGGAAACCACAAACCAAAACACAGGACAGAAAAUUUUUCUAAUACAACAGUUCAAUGGGUACCCGCAACAAAUUGGUCGAUAUAGUAUUGAAGAACAGGCCUCCUUACGAAUAGAUGGACCAAUCACGAUUGAUGAUGAAAGGAGGUAUACCUGUAAAGUGUCAGUUUUUGGUGUCGGUGAAAACGGUCCUGGUCAAGCGAGCGUGGAACUAAUCGUGAACAGCCCGAUCCAGGAACUGCUGAUGGAGGUCGAAGGUCAAGUAGACCUUGUUCGAGAAAGUGACAUGGUAACGAUGAUUGAAGACGAACCAAUCAUGAUCAUUUGUUGGGCGAAGCAGGCGAAUCCUGUUGCUUCCGUAAACUGGUAUCUCGGAGGUCAGGAAAUUAUUAACGGUAUUCCAGGAUUUUCCAUCGUUUCAUUCACCGAAGAGGUAGACCAACCUGGCGAUAAUCGGCUCAAUACGGCGAGCCAGUUGACAUUUACGCCAUCAUUCCUAAAUCAUCAAAGUAAAGUACUGAUGUGCACGGGAACUAACGCUGUGAUGGACUCCGAACUAACGCUCAGCGUCUACCCACGGGUACUAGUGCCGCCAAGGGAGCACUAUAUUGCUGGUUACAAUGCUGGAGAUGCGGUACCUGUCAUCGAGGGACAGGUGUUCACAUUGUCAUGUCAAGCUGAAGACAGCUACCCGGUAACAAGGCUACGGUGGUUCAGGAACGGCCAAGAGAUUGAAACUGGACUUACGACGAACAAUGUACAAUCAGAAGAUGGCAAAGUGAGCGUAGUCAGUACGUGGACAUACAUUGCAACUCGAGCAAAGAACGAUGACGGAUCGACUAUUCAGUGCGAAGCCAGCGGUGAAUCUUUAAAGCUGUCCAGCACGGUGUUUGUAACACUAGAUAUAUUAUAUCCACCAACCGAUAUACAGAUAACUGGAGACACGGCCGACUUCAAAGCUGGCAUGCCUGCCAUCGGAGUGGUAUGUUCCAGCUCCGGAGGAAAACCUGGAGCCAGAGUCAGUUGGUGGAAAGGGACCACGGAAAAAGUGACCGGAACUUUAAAUAAUAAUCGCCUCAAUAUCGCCAUGACAGCCAGUGAUAACGGCGAAUCAUACACGUGCGUUUCAAGUAAUGAUGCUAAUAUUGGAAACCCAUUAAAAAUAAAUACAGCGCCGCUGAACGUUCUCUUUCCUCCAUCAUGUGCAUCUCUGUCUGGCGAGGGCGCUGUAGUAGCAAACCAAAAAUUCACCUUGACCUGUUCAGUUUGCAGCAGCAAUCCCGCUGCAAGCAUAAUCUGGAAAAAAGGGAACAGCAUAAUCAGUGGUAGCGUGGCUGAAAACAUUAAGGGGGCAACUUACAGGCGAGGGGAGGACAAUGGAGAAGUGACCGAACAACAGUUAGAAAUAACUGUGUCUCCAUCGUACAAUGGCGUGGAAAUUCAGUGUUUUGGGAGAAAUUUGGAAUUCAGCGAUGUUGAAGUGGCAUCUCAGAAAGUACCUGUAGUAGUCUUCUUUCCACCAACCUACCCAGAAGGUUGCAUCACAUCUCUCACUGGGUAUCGCGGCUCCCUCCGUGAAGGUGACAGUCUCACCUUAAUGUGCACAUCCUGUAGUAGCAGUCCGGCUGCUAGCAUUCGAUGGUACAGGGAUGGUCAGGAGAUCCCGGGGAUGAACCAGGACAUGCUGACUAGCGGUUUGUUUGGUGGGAAAGUCACUGCUCAGGAAAUUACGCUGACUGUGUUUCGCGAGCACCACAAUCACGAUUACCAUUGCAGUGCGUUCAACAACAUGGUGCCAAACAGACCGGCUCCGUCCGAGGCCGUCAAGAUACAAGUCCAAUAUAAACCGCAAGUCAUCAACACUGAAUUCAACCGCAUGGCGGCAGCAAAUAGCGGUGAGGAAACCCGACUGAUCUGUCAGACCAACUCAAAUCCCGCUCCGCAGGUGUACUGGUUCCAUGGCAACCGACGGAUCAUAAGUGAUGGAGUACAUUUCACGGUCACCAUGGUAACAGAUGAUUCCAUCACCACCAGCGUGCUAUACAUUAAUAGUGUGGAACCGUUGAGGGACUAUGGAACCUACAACUGUACUGUCAAUAAUACGAUGGGUAUGGACAGUACGAACGUUUUUUUGGAGGGCAAAAGGAAACCCGAUUCAGUCACGGAUAUUGACGUUACCGACAAGUCUGAUUCAAUGAUGAUGAUUACCUGGACGCCAGGUUUCAAUGGCGGCGAACAAGCAGUGUAUUAUGUAAAAUAUCGACAGAUAGGUCAAUACGAUGGAGAUGAUAGCGGUUGGUUGAUGUCGUUGGAGUCGACUGACCCACCGCUAACAAUACGAGGACUUUAUGCAGAUACACUAUAUGAAAUUAAAGUUGUGAGUGAGAACAGCUUGGGAAGAACUGAAAGUUACGCAAUACAAAAAAGAACGCUGAUUACAACGGUCGGUACACGCAGUCCCAGUAGAGACGAUCCUUCCCAGAUUGGUGUUGCCAUCGGUGUCGCCGUCGCUGUGCUCGCAGCGCUCAUAGUGGUCAUUAUCAUAACUGUUAUAGUCUGCAGGAGUAGAACAAUCAGGAAACCAGAAAAACCAUCUGCAGAUUUCACAUUUUUUUCAGUGAGUUCAAAUGCAGCUGACCGGCGAAUAGACCAAAACGAUUUAUCACUAAGUUACUUUACACGGUCUAUGCCACCGGAACCACCACUAAGAACAGUUUCAGUUACACCAAACACCCUUGCAUAUGAAGUCAAGCCAGUUAUGAUGCCACACAGACAACAUAAAAAUUCAAAUUACGAAGAAGAGAAUGUGUACAGUGAAGUGCCCGGCCAACGUGAAUUGCCUGACGACGACGAGGCACCACCAUCGUAUGGUAACCUAACCCCCCCAUAUGAGAAUGCUUCACCCCAAUUACCUCAUCAAGAUCUAAGAGGAUUCGGCGAACCCUACCAAAAUAUGAUGCGUGAUCGAAUGCCUACACCGUCAACAAGCAGCCAUUCCCCGUCCGCGUCAACGUCCAGUGCCAAUGAGAAUCUACAUUUUAUGCCAAUCAGAAUCAGUGAUGAAAACCUUCCAAAAGACUCCCCAUACAGGACAAAUUCAGGGGUCUAUGUGUAGGGAUGUAUUUACCUUUGAAAUGCCUUAAUUUGCUAUGACCC